AUGGAGAAGUUUUACAUGGCCUCCCUAGUACUACUACUGCUUCUGCUGGUGCAAUUAUGGACAAUUUCAAUGGCCUUUUCAUUCUCCAACGACACCGAUCUAUCGUCUCUCCUUGCCUUCAAGUCUGCAAUCAAGAUAGAUCCCAGCAUUAUGCUGAAUAACUAUUGGACUGAAAACUCCAACUUCUGCGAUUGGGACAGAGUCUUGUACAAUUCCACUUUCAGUAACUUGUCAAACUUGGAAUCUUUUAGUUUGGAAAAUAACAAAUUUCAUGGCAACAUUCCUAAUGAGUUGGCUCAAAUUCCCAAUUUGAAACAUAUUAACUUUGGUUAUAACUAUCUCACCGGUUUGAUACCGCCAGCGUUAUUCAACCUCUCCUCUCUUGAGAAAUUUGUUGUUAUAUCAAAUAACCUAUGGGGUCAUCUUCCAUUUGAUACCAGGCUUUGGCUUCCUAAUCUUUGUGUAUUUGACCUUGGGAUAAAUCAAUUUACUGGAAACAUCCCUUUGUUUCUGUUCAUCUCAUCUAUGCUCACUUUCUUGAGUCUAAUUUACAACCAGUUUACUGGAACAGUACCUACAAGUCUAGGCGACUUGAAUCUCAAAAUUCUUCUUUUGGGGGGAAAUCAGCUAACAGUAGAACCAAACAGUGGAGAAAUUAGUUUUUUGACUGCUUUGACAAGGUCGAGGUCGUUGGAACAGGUAACCAUAAAUGAGAAUCCACUUAAUGGCGUCUUGCCAGAUUCUAUUGAGUAUUUUUCAAGUUCCCUUCAACAGUUUUAUGCAUUCAGUUGCCAAAUAAAUGGUCAGAUUCCAGAGCACAUUGGUUCCUUAGGAAACUUGAUUUCUCUUAUUUUGUUUGACAAUAAUUUGAGUGGAACCAUUCCAUCUACAAUCAAGGGAAUGAAAAGGCUGCAAAGAUUGCAUCUUGCUGCUAAUGAACUUGAAGGACCCAUUCCAGAAGAGGUCUGCCAUUUGACCAACUUGGGAGAACUUGUUCUUCAGUAUAAUAACCUUUUUGGACGAAUUCCAGGCUGCAUUGGAUAUCUCAGUCAUUUGGAGGCGUUGGUACUUGAUUUUAAUGCACUAAACUCAACAAUACCACUGAGUUUAUGGAGCCUUAAUAAUCUUUUCUUCAUGAACUUAUCAUACAAUUCAUUAAGCCUAGGUCCAAAUAGUAUAGCAUUGAGAUCUCUAGAAAUUAUUGAUUUUUCUUGUAAUAAUAUGUCUGGUAACAGUCCAAGCACUAUGGGAUCCUUUCAAAGCCUACGUUCUCUGAACUUGUCACAUAACUCAUUUUGGGGGCCAAUACCUGAAUCAUUUGGUAACUUGAUAACAUUGGAUUUCUUGGACCUCUCCAACAACAACCUUUCUGGGUCAAUACCCAAGUCUCUAGAGGCACUUUCGUAUUUCGCAUACUUGAAUUUGUCUCACAAUAAGCUCUCGGGGGAGAUUCCAAGUGGAGGGCCUUUCUCAAAAUUCACUUCACAAUCUUUUUUGGAUAAUGGGGAACUUUGUGGAGUUCAUGUUUCGAAACCAUGCACAAGUCAUGGUACCAAAAAAUCAAGACAAACUUUUUCCCUUCAUCUAUAUUCUCCCAAUAACCAUGGCAGUAGUUGUGAUCUUUGGUGCCAUAUUAGCUUUCCCGUGCCACGAAUAGCUUUUGUGAAGCCAAUCUUCUUGGGGUUGGAGGUUUUGGCUCGGUAUUCUGAUGGAAAAAUUGUUGCAGUGAAACUUCUAUAUUUACAAGUUGAGGGAGCAAUCAAGAGUUUUGACGCGGAGUGCAAAUACUUGUCUAAUGGAAGUUUUGAGAAGUGGUUAUAUUCUCACAACUAUUGUUUGGAUCUCCUUCAAAGAGUUAGUAUCAUCCUUGAUGUUGCAUUGGCAUCGGAAUAUCUUCAUCAUGGUCAGCCAGUACCAGUGAUCCACUGUGACCUCAAGCCUAGUAAUGUUUUGUUAGAUGAAGACACGGUUGCACAUGUAGGUGACUUUGGAAUUGCAAAGAUCUUAGCUGAAAAUAACACUGCAACACAAACCAAUACCUUGGGUACAUUUGGCUAUAUUGCACCAGAGUAUGGUUCUGAAGGAAGAGUAGCAGCUGGAGGUGAUACAUGUAGUUAUGGAAUAGUGUUAUUGGAAACUUUCAUAAGAAAGAAGCCCACUGAUGAAAUGUUUGUUGGAGAGUUGAGUCUAAGGCAAUGGGUGAGUUCAUCACUUCCAAACAACAUAAUGGAAGUUGUGGUUCGAAACUUGUUCACAACAGUUGAAGGAGAAAGAAGAUGA